AUGGGCAGAGCCUUGGCACCUGGAGCAAGUGAUGAAGCAUCACCGCAGGAGGCACAAGGGUAUGGAAAAAGUCUGGAUAAUGAUCCAACAAUAAAGUCAGGUCAGAACAGGAUAUGGAGGGAAAGAAUGAACCAGCGGUGGAAGAGGAGAUUGUCAACCGUGCUGAGUCUAGUGUGUGUCUUCUGGUGUGUUGACAAUCUUCUGAAGACUGAUAACGGCCUUCGUUCUGCAACACCUGGUGACACUAGUGAUAAUUACAAGAGGGUACUGAUGAGUUCUCUUGAUAUCAGUGAUAAGCUAACAGAAAAUAUAGCUUCUCUGCCAUCCGAGGUCGUUAGAAAAAAUACAACCCACUGUCAUCUACUGAAUAAUCGUCACCAAGAAGAUUUUAUUUCAAAUCAGAAUGUAUCUAAGGAUAGCUAUGAACUCCUCAACGCUCCCGCAGCUGCCGACAACGAGACCUACAAGAGCGUGGAAAAUCGUCACCGUUACAAUCUCUCCAUUCUUAUUAUGGCCUCGGUGGGUCGAAGCGGCUCUACAUUUCUCGGUGAACUUUUAGCUUCACAAGGGAACAACAUGUAUAUGUUUGAGCCAAUCAGGUCGCUACAAAAGCCGUACCUAAAGGCAAGUGUCGUGGCGGUACUGCUCAAUCUUUUUCACUGCAAUAUAAAGCAAAAUUUUCUUGAAUUGGGCAAAGUACCCUAUACAAAUAUCAAACAUCAUUACAUCAAAGACAAGUCAAAGGAGCAAAUUGUGCUGCACGCUGUAAACGAACACUGCAAGAUGGAACCAAUACGCAUUAUUAAGACGAUUCGCACUCGACUUCAGUGGACCAAGCAACUUCUAGAAGACAAAGAUCUUAAUCUGAAAGUGAUCCACUUAGUACGUGAUCCACGAGGAUCAUUCGUCUCCACGUUAAAUUUAGAAUGGAAUUUGACGACCAGUAAUGUGUGUCACAAGAUUCUGCAGGAGGGAAAGAAUGAACCAGCGGUGGAAGAGGAGAUUGUCAACCGUGCUGAGUCUAGUGUGUGUCUUCUGGUGUGUUGA